CACGCUCGUCGCAGGCGCACGUCGCGUCCCGCGCCCCGCGUAGCUCGCGUUCCCGUCACUGUCACCCCACGCGCGCUACCCCUCCCCACUUCACUUCAUCACAACACAACCAAACAAGCAUGGUACCAGUCUCCCUGCGUGCAGAAAUACCAUGUGUUAUCCUGAAUUAUUGCUGUGUAGUGCCCCGUAGUGUUUGAACUAGUUUUUUGUCUCUCAGUGUCUAUUUAUCGAUAUUAGUGUUAUAAUGUUAGUUACAUGUAAGGAUAGUUUAGUGACUACGUAGCGUGUGUCGCGUCUGCGAUGUAUUCUUUGACGUUCUGUGACGUUUGCGAAUGAUGUAACCAAUAGCGGACGCGAUACGUGUAUAGUGUUAGUGCAAAGAUUAUGCGACAGAGACGCAUUAUGUUUUGUGGCGGGUAGUUAGUGGUGCCGCGAUGUCUCUGCCGAUGAAGAGGUCGUUCAGCUCGGAGGGCGGCGCGUCCUCCAAGCGCGACUGGAAGAUGCGGCUGAGUCUCCGGAGCCGCAGCGGGCAUAGCGUUGAGGCGCUGCGCGGGCGCCGGUGCGCAUCGCUGCGCUCCGCGGCGACGCCGGUGCGCGCGGGGGCGGAGGACUCGGGCCGCAGCACCCCCUCCGCCGCGCACCGCGCCUCGCCCUCCCCCGCUGAUACCCCCGCGCCUAAGAAAUCCAACUGGGAAGUCAUUGAACACUUCUCUUCUAGUAAGAGCAAGAGAAGCCCCACUGCUGUGGAAGCGGAGGGCGGGGCGGCAUCGUCGUCGCCCGCUCUGCCGCUGUGUCCCGCCGGCCGCCCCGACGCUGACGUGCAGCCACUGCUCACUGAUGAAGGUCAGGCGGAGGGGGGCGGAGGAGCAGGUGGGGCUGAAGACGAUGAGGAGCAGGACUCGGGCUGGUGGGGGCAGUGCAUGAGCACCUGUCCCGCCCCCGUACAGGAUCUCUGCACCUCCAACCGAUUUGACAACCUUCAUGUGGAAAUGCUGUACCAGCGUUACUUUCUCCGCAUGAACCAGACUAACAUGACGCACCUGCUGGGUCUGCUGCUGGCAGUAGCUGUCGGCCUCAUGGCUGUGCAGAUACAGACGCUGCUGGUGGCACAAGGCCUGCUCAGCCAGGCCGAGGCCCUCAACAACACCUAUAUGGACAACUUUAACCGUGACAGCCUACAUGACCCUCACCGCUACAUGAACGUGACGACCAGCCGUUACCACGAGGCGCUCGCGGCCAUCAACGCCACGCAACACGAACGCCUCAUCUACGAGAAGGAGAGGGUCGCCCACAUCGUCAACAUCAUCAUCCUCGGAAUUACUGCUCUGGUAUACGCCUGCUUGCUGGCGUGCCUGAGCCGCCCGGCUAUGAACGAAAUCUACCUGCUGACCAUCUCCUACGUGGUCCUUGUGACCUUCCUGCUUAUCGAACUGGCUCUCACCGGCACCUCUGUGCUGCGCUCGCUGAGUAUCAGCACCGGCGCCUGCGCUCUGCUGACUUACGCGACGUACGCGACGCUGCCGGUGAGGCUCCACGAGGCCACUGUCGCCGGCCUCGCCCUGGGCAUCGUCAACAUCGGAGCCCACCUCAUGCUGGACUAUGCUGCUGAUGUGCACCAAAUCUACUGCUCUGUGGCGACCCUGAUUGCGUGCAACCUGGCCGGCAUCAUGACCCACAACCCUCGGGAGCUGGCACAGCGACGCGCCUUCUUGGAGACGCGCGACUGCGUGGAGGCACGGCUUGUGACGCAGCGCGAGAAUCAGCAACAGGAGCGUCUCCUGCUAUCGGUUCUCCCGCGUCACGUCGCCAUGGAGAUGAAGGCCGACAUCGCCAACCAGCCGCGCCAGGAGCAGUUCCAUAAGAUCUACAUUCAGCGCUAUGAGAAUGUCAGCAUCCUGUUCGCUGACAUCUGCGGCUUCACCUCUCUAUCAGACCAGUGCACCGCCGAGGAGUUAGUCCGCCUUCUCAACGAGCUAUUCGCCAGAUUCGACCGCCUGGCAGCGGAACACCACUGCCUCCGCAUCAAGCUGCUGGGUGACUGCUACUACUGCGUGUCGGGACUGCCGGAGGCGCGCGACGACCACGCCAAGUGCUGCGUCGAGAUGGGGCUGGACAUGAUCGAUGCUAUUGCGCUGGUUCGCGAGGUGAUGGCGGUGAACGUGAACAUGCGCGUGGGCAUCCACACGGGCCGCGUGCACUGCGUGGUGCUGGGCCUGCGCAAGUGGCAGUUCGAUGUCUGGUCCAACGAUGUCACCCUCGCCAACUACAUGGAGAGCGGUGGCGUGGCUGGACGCGUGCACAUUACGAAGGAGACACUGCGCUGCCUGGGUGAUGACUACAAGGUGGAGCCAGGGUACGGCGGACUGCGCAACGCAUACCUGAAGGACCAUAACAUCGAGACCUUCCUCAUUGUGCCUGAUGAUACCAGCCGUGUUGACAAGAAGCCGCAGCACUCGUUCUCGCUGAACGGCAACGUGUCCAAGGAGAUGCGCGUCAUGGGACACGGCUCGCAGCACGGCAAGCAUUCAUCCAAUAGGAUCGGCGUGGACUCCGGCAAUGAGAACAAGAAGCCAGAAGAUGAAGUGAACGAGUACCUGAUGAAGGCGAUCGACGCGCGCUCCACCGACCGCCUGCGCGCCGAGCACUGCCGCCCCUGCACGCUCACCUUCCGCGACUCCAAGCUCGAGCAGAAGUACACGGCGGAACGCGACCGCAUGAUGAAGGUAUACUUCAUUUGCACGCUGGCCAUCUUCCUCGCCGGCACCGCCCUGCAGUUCCUCGCCUACAACCUGUCGCCUCUGGGAAUUGCUACCAUCAUCGUUGCUGGCAUCAUCAUCUCUUCAUUGACGUACCUGAUCAUCUGCCUGGACUUCGAGCACGCGAGCGCCCGCCUUCGUGAGAUGUCCCGCGUCGUGCACAACAACCGCACGCUCUCGCAACUGAUGUCUUUCAUCGUGGUCACCAGCUUCAUCGUCCAGAUCCAGGUCGUCAUGGGGAUAUAUGAGGCCAGCUUGCAAGGCUUACAGGACACCAACGCCACGCUCAGCCGCCAGUCCGACUUCCAGCACUGCCCCUUCGAUCAGAACGAGCACUACCUGCAACUGACCCUGUUGGCAAUGUUCCUGUGCGCCGUGCACCAGAUCCUCAUCACGAUGGUGAAGCUGGUGCUACUGGCGCUCACGUGCGCCGCCUACGUGGCCGUCACCGCGCACCAGCACAUGCUGUUCAAGGACCAGUUCUCUGACUACCUGCUCCGAUGCGGGCUGGACUGGAACCAGCAGUGGACUAACGUAGUGAUUGCCCUGGGCGCGACUGUGGCGCUGUUGCUGCACUCGCACCAGACCGAGAGCACCUACCGCCUGGACUUCAUCUGGAAACUGCAAGCUAAUGAUGAGAAGGAGGAGAUGGAACACCUGGAGGCGUACAACCGCAAGCUGCUGGCGAACAUCCUGCCCGAGCACGUGGCGCAGCACUUCCUCUGCAGCGACAAGAACAUCGAUGAGCUGUACCACGAGCAGUGCGAGUCUGUCUGCGUGAUGUUCGCUUCCAUCCCGAACUUCUCCGAGUUCUACGUGGAGCUGGAGGGUAACAACGAGGGCGUGGAGUGUCUCCGACUCCUCAACGAGAUCAUUGCUGACUUUGACGAGAUCCUGGCCGAGGACCAGUUCAAGUACAUCGAGAAGAUCAAGAGCACUGGUGCUACGUACAUGGCUGCUUCGGGUCUGACAGCUGCCACCCGUGACCUCCGCGGCUUCCGUCACGUGACCGCGAUGGCGGACUACGCACUGCGCCUUCGCGAACAGCUGCAGUAUGUCAACGAGCACUCGUUCAACAGCUUCCGUAUCCGCAUCGGCAUCAACAUUGGGCCCGUCGUGGCUGGCGUGAUUGGCGCUCGCAAGCCGCAGUACGACAUUUGGGGCAAUGCCGUGAACGUGGCCUCGCGCAUGGAUUCCACUGGACUACUCGACCACAUCCAGGUGACGGAGGAGGUGUACGAGAUCCUGUCGACGCGAGGCUACAAGCUGCGCUGCCGUGGCAUGAUUGACGUCAAGGGCAAGGGCAAUAUGGUCACGUACUUCCUGGAAGGCGUCGGAGAGACCACCCUGCCCGGUGCCAAGGACAUCUAUAAUAACCCGCAGCCAUCGACAUCUGGCACUUGCCAUGAGCAUGGCAGCAACCAGGAGACCUCGUGCCGGCCGGAGCACCGCCCUCUAGAGACCCUCUCUGAGGGCCACACUGAUGAGGAUGGUGGACCAUCUCCCCGCGCAUCCAUCCCCCGGGACACGGGGUCGGCGAGCCCCAAGCUGCCGAACGGCGGGUCGUCGUCGCGCGAGAGCCUGGCGCCGGCGGUGCGCGCGCGCGUGCUGCGCCGACUCGAGCGCCCGCUGUCGCUGGCCGACCAAGCCGGCCUGCCCACGCUGGCGUCGCUGCUCAACUCCAAGGCGUACUCCACGCACUUCGACACCAGCUUCCACGUCUGCGAGACCGCCAAGAUGUCCUCGCUGGGCGACGUCAAGCGCGGCGUGGCCGAGUCGCGCAGCAGCGGCGAGAUCGAGGCGCUCCUGGAGGGCGCCGGUCCGCGCCGCGCCGCCAGCCUCGCCGACUUCCUCUUCCGCCGCAAGCAUGCCAAGCUCGGCCCCGCCACCAUCAACGUCAUCGAGAACCCGAUGACUGCCAUGUACGAGUACGCAGAUGCGACGCCGGCGCAAGAGGACCCCUUGCCCGGCUAAGCUGUGUGCCCCCGGAUCUGACGCCUCGGACUGACCCCCCGGAUUGACGCCACUCGGCGCCGAGCCGCGGCCGUGGCGCCGUGUCGGCACGCGGCGACGCGUACUCACGCUCAGCAUUUUUGUACGUUUUAUAUUUAUCGACUGCGCAUGAGUACCGCCCCCGGGCGCCAUCUGUACAUAUGUAGACACGGCUAUGCGGUCGCUCCUCGACAAAGAGUCGGUCUCAUUGUCAUGAUAAUGGGAUUUGAGGAAUCUUCACCGCUGCUCCUCCGGCUGGUUUCCAAGAAGAUGCUUUAGAUGGAAUUUAUGUCGAUGUGUGGUUUAAUUAAAUUUUUCAAAGAAAAUCAAUUAGGAAUCAAUUUAAUUGGUGGCAUGAGACCAUCUCAGUUAUUUGAUAAAACUGCACAUUGAUGUAACAGUUAUUAUUUGAAUUGUGCAAGAGCUGGCAGCCUGGGAGCUGCCUGGAGCCUCAGCAACCAUUGUCAAGUCAGUGCCCCCUGUGACAGACGUGUUCCCGGAAUAUUCCCCACCAUUAAGACUGAACGUCGCCGGGAGGUGCGGCGCCCCGCCCCGCGCCUCCCGCCGCUUCACCGCACUUACCGCUGAGGAGCCACGCGCUCACACUAUCUCGACACUACCUGACAGAGUCUGUCGGACAGAGUCCGACUUUCCCGGACAUACACACAGCACGCCGGGAACCGGCGACCGGACUCGGCCGAACUUGCACUUGGAUGAUGUAAUGAAUACUGUUGUUGGAUUGAGGCGUACCGGACGCGGUUCCCAAGGUUGUGACCUCGCUCACAGCUCUGCUGCGUCAGAGCCAACUAAACCUAAGUGCAUAGUUAAGGAUUGCGGUUGUGUACAUAGUAGCUAGGAGAGUUGGGGCAUACUCGACGAGUUUGUCGCCAACUUACGGUUUUAUCAUUGUUCUCAUUAAUACAUACAAUCUGGUUUCGUAGACGACUUACUUAAUGCAAUCUUCAGAGAGACUGUCAUGUUUUAUGAGUCAUAUUAAGGUGCUGUACCCAGGACAGACGCUCGGCAGCAACACGAUAUAUAUAUUGAACAUUAGGCACACUCCUGAGUUCGCCGGCACCCACACUCACACUAGCGUAGGUUUAAUCAAGUGACGAGCUUAUAGUAACUCCUAGAGUAAGACGUGAUAGUAGUGUGUGAGUCCGCCGCGGUGCGACGUCUUGGACUCUAAGCUUUAAUUCACUGCGCUCCUUUCGGCGGACGGAUCGACGGACGAACGCGUCGCUCGCUCGGGCGACUGUACAUAUUUCAAUCAAAGAUUUGGUGCUUUUGGAGGUUAAGACUUAAAGUUUGUAACCUAGAGGGGUGUAACCUUUAAAAUUGUCUUUUGUAAGCAUGGUGUAAUUAAGGCUCUCAAGUUCCAAGGCAUAGUCUCGGCCACCCCAGCCGUACCGACUAUUAAUCUCAAUGAUUUAAGAACUGAUUAAAUGUAUGGCAUGUAUUUUAGUUUUUAAUAUGUUUUUAAUAUUGAUAUUAAGUCCUGGAUACAGGACUCUGGUAUUUAGCUGCGAUGCUGAAGUUUAGUAGCAAAAGGUUUCUCUAGGGCCUGCCCCGCCCCCUGCGGCGCCCGCGCUCGCCUUGCAAACCUGCAGCGGUCGCGGGCGCGGCGUGUUUUCCUUACGGGUAAUGUUCGUAUUACAACCAAAAAUAGUAGCCAAAUAUAUUAACGUAUACGAUUACUGUUUUAUCAUAUUAAAGUAAUAUUAAUAGAACAAAUUGAGGCACAAGUUUAUGGUAGUUAUUGGUGGUGGCGCGGCACUCCGGCACAGCGAAGGCUUGGUGAGUUGCACAGCUGGUACUGGGGCGCUCGGUAAAGGCUGCGUCUAGAGGGUUCUGCCGGGCCGGCGGCUGGUGGCGUCAGUUGCUGCGCUGGUACUCGGAUGGUUGGUAAAGGUUGCGUCUCGUGUGAGCCGGCCCGGCUACGUGGGUCUGUUAGUUGCACACCGCUGGAGAUAUGGACCGCGUCGGUAAAGGUUGCGUGAUGCGUGCUGCGUGCUGAGUGCGGAGUGCGAGCGGUAGCCGGGAAGCCGCGCCACUGCUCACGUCGUUGUGUAGUUCCUCCGCUCUAAGCUGAGCCCUCCCCGCUCUAGUGUCACUGUGUCUCCCCCCCCCCCAAUGCAUAAACUCUCACCGACCAAGCUCCGGGUCCAAGCUUAUAUACUACAAUGUUUUCGUACCUAACUUUUAAUAUAUAAAUUCGUAUUUUAGUUUAAUAUAAGUUUCGGCACCUGUAUGUGAUAAGCGGUUCCGCUAGGAGCACUGGGGC